AUGCAGAAAGACGAUGAUAAGAUUUAUUGUAAAGAUGGUGAAGAUGACAAGAGUGAUAACAGUAAGGGUGGUGGUCCAGGCAACAACAACCCUCAAUCUCAACAGUUCUACCCCGGACUUCCUGCCGGCUUUGCCCCACAACAAUUCCAUUCCAAUCUCCAAUCCGGUCAUCCGGUAGCCAACCACCUAGGUCACUCUCCGCCACCAAAUCCAACUACUUAUUACAAAGACGAGAGGACACAGCGACAACACAUCAAACUUAAGAAAAAACUGCAUGACAAACAGCAAAAGAGCGACGGUUUGAUACCUAGGAAAGAAUUAGUGAAUGGUUUAAAGAGAGCGGGAUUAAAAGAUAAAGGGUGGUUUUUGGCAUUACGUGAACACAUUUUGGAGUGUGAUAAUUAUAAUAAGGUUCCUAAGCCUGGGGCGCUGGGAAUAGAGUCACAUUUCGAUAGGACGAGCUUUCAAGGUUCGCAUCCAGUAUCAGUCUUAAAUUUCAUCACACCGGCCUGCGAGCCUGACCAACCGCAGCCUCCAAAACUACUGAACCGAACCAAAAAUUCACUACAGUUAUCGCGUGGGAACGCUGGGGGUCAACGACAACCAUAUGGCGCUCAUUUAUAA